AAACAUGCCUAAAUCCGAUACUAAACCUGAAUCCUCAAAUCCGAAACCCACUGCUCUUCACCCAGCCUAUUCUUCGGUUACCAACAUAAUUGCCAAAAUCCGUACACUAGAUGGUACGAAUGUCACCUACUCCAACUGGGUUAAGCUUUUUAACCUUCAUGUAACUGCCUACAAAGUCGCGAACCAUAUAGAUGGCAGCCCACCUCCUGCAAAGACAGCUCCAGAGUACGACCUAUGGAAGGAACUUGAUGCCCUUGUGAUGCAGUGGAUCUUCAGUACUGUAUCGGAUGAUAUUCUCAAACACAUCAUUGAUAACAAUACUUCAGCAUGUGAUGCUUGGGCCAAGUUGGAGAAAAUAUACCUUAGCAAUAAAAAGGCACGGGCUGCUGCACUCGAGACAAAAUUCUGCAAUAUGACAUUCGGUGCUUGUGCUUCUUUAGAUGCUUAUUGUCAAGAACUUCAAAGUCUGGCCGCCCAACUCGCCGAUGUUAAUGAACCCGUCUCUGACUCUCGGUUGGUGUUACAGCUGGUUCGUGGGCUUCCUCCCGAGUACAACACCACUCCUUCUUUCAUUAACAACAAAGAUGCUGAUUGGGACCUCGCCAUCUCUCUCCUAAAAGAUGAUGCCAUUCGUAUUGAAGCACAAAAAGGGGCUGCAUCUUCAGUAUUGAUAGCGCCGACCACCACUACACCUUCUGCUCCACAGUCGGCCUCUGACCGACCACCCGAACACAACAGCAGCAACCCGACCCGGGGACGCGGGCGCGGCAGAAACGGCUCCAGGGGCGGCGGCGGCUACAGUAAUAGGGGCGGCUCAUCAGGCUACGGUCGAUCUUUCUGGACUGCCGGUAACCUUUCGGCCUACAACUCUCCAUACCCGAAUUGGGCCUGGUGGACCACACCCCCAUGCCCUUAUCCAACACAGAACAACUGGCGGCCCAAUGCUCCUCCUUCUCAGACCGCACCACAACAGUCCCCGACCCACUUUGCCGGGUCAGGCCAUUACUCAUCUCCUCAGUUCGGGCCACAACAAUAUGGGUAUGAUGCGCUGUGCCCCUCUGAUUUAAGUGAAGUGUUUAAUAAUUUGCAGAUGAACUCGAACGCCUCAUGGAAUAAUGACAUUAUGGAUACUGGAGUAGGCUCGCACUCGGCACGCGAUCCAGGAUCUCUUCACUAAACGGACUCUUUCAAGACACAACAGUACCGGGGACCUCUAUCCUUUCACUCCGCCUGAAUUACCUCCACAAGCCUGCUUCAUCACCACACCAUCCCUUCCUUGGCACGAGCGUCUCGGCCACCCCGGGACUCAAGUUUUAGAUUUAUUACGUCGUACAUUUAAUUUUUCAUGUAAUAAAGACACUUUGUCUCAUGUUUGCAAUUCUUGUCAACUUUCAAGUAGUAAACGUUUACCCUUUUCC